AGAACUGGAAAGAUGCCCCCUCUGAUGCUCAAAAGAAGUGCGCCUUUGCGAAACGAGGCGAUAACGAUGCAUGGUUUCCUGAGUCUUGCACGGCGGAGUACGUUUUUGUAUGUGAAAUGAAAGCAUCAGUUGCUCCGGACAAGCCAUCCAUCGCGGACACAAAUGAUGCGAUUGUCACCAGGGCGUCGGUCAAUACAGGAGCGGUGUUUACGUUCACGUGUAAGAAGGGAGCGAGUGGAUUAGAACCGGAUGCCUUGGAAUGGUACAAAGACAACAGCAAACUUACGUCAGGUGUGUCGGGUGCCAAGUUUCAGAAGGCGGCAUCGUCAAGUGAUGAUGGGUCUUACACGUGCAAGGCAUCGAAAAAUGGAAUAGAAAGUUCGGCUUCUGAUACGCUAGUGUUAUCGGUAAACACCGCUCCUAUCAAGCCAAUUAUAAUGGAAGGUGGAACCGCAAAGACAGAUCUCACAGUUAACAGCGGCGCCUCUUUCACACUGACAUGCACCAAGGGCACUGGCGGAUCAAUCCCUGAUGCGUGGAAAUGGUAUAACGGCAAACGUCUCAUAACCACUGGAGUUACUGGAGCUACUUUUACAAAGCUUGCAGAAACUGGUGAUACUGGAUCUUAUACCUGCAAGGCUAUUAAGAGUGGGUUAGAAAGCUCAUCCUCAGAUGCACUAGCAUUAACUAUUAACACCGCUCCUAUCAAGCCAAUUAUAAUGGAAGGUGGAACCGCAAAGACAGAUCUCACAGUUAACAGCGGCGCCUCUUUCACACUGACAUGCACCAAGGGCACUGGCGGAUCAAUCCCUGAUGCGUGGAAAUGGUAUAACGGCAAACGUCUCAUAACCACUGGAGUUACUGGAGCUACUUUUACAAAGCUUGCAGAAACUGGUGAUACUGGAUCUUAUACCUGCAAGGCUAUUAAGAGUGGGUUAGAAAGCUUAUCCUCAGAUGCACUAGCAUUAACUAUUAACACCGCUCCUAUCAAGCCAAUUAUAAUGGAAGGUGGAACUGCAAAGACAGAUCUCACAGUUAAAAGCGGCGCCUCUUUCACACUGACAUGCACCAAGGGCACUGGCGGAUCAAUCCCUGAUGCGUGGAAAUGGUAUAACGGCAAACGUUUCAUAACCACUGGAGUUACUGGAGCUACUUUUACAAAGCUUGCAGAAGCUGGUGAUACUGGAUCUUAUACCUGCAAGGCUAUUAAGAGUGGGUUAGAAAGCUUAUCCUCAGAUGCACUAGCAUUAACUAUUAACACCGCUCCUAUCAAGCCAAUUAUAAUGGAAGGUGGAACCGCAAAGACAGAUCUCACAGUUAACAGCGGCGCCUCUUUCACACUGACAUGCACCAAGGGCACUGGCGGAUCAAUCCCUGAUGCGUGGAAAUGGUAUAACGGCAAACGUCUCAUAACCACUGGAGUUACUGGAGCUACUUUUACAAAGCUUGCAGAAGCUGGUGAUUCUGGAUCUUAUACCUGCAAGGCUAUUAAGAGUGGGUUAGAAAGCUUAUCCUCAGAUGCACUAGCAUUAACUAUUAACACCGCUCCUAUCAAGCCAAUUAUAAUGGAAGGUGGAACCGCAAAGACAGAUCUCACAGUUAACAGCGGCGCCUCUUUCACACUGACAUGCACCAAGGGCACUGGCGGAUCAAUCCCUGAUGCGUGGAAAUGGUAUAACGGCAAACGUCUCAUAACCACUGGAGUUACUGGAGCUACUUUUACAAAGCUUGCAGAAACUGGUGAUACUGGAUCUUAUACCUGCAAGGCUAUUAAGAGUGGGUUAGAAAGCUUAUCCUCAGAUGCACUAGCAUUAACUAUUAACAUCCCUCCAAACAAACCCGUACUCUUUGAGAAUGGUGUACCGAAGGCAGCCACUUCGGUUAACCAAGGGACAACCUUUGUAUUAAAGUGUGCCAAAGCACCAGGAGGGUCAAUUCCCGAUUCGUGGAAGUGGUACCAAGACCGGACGCUGAAGGGUGUUACGGGAAAUACCUUUACAAAGACUGCCGAACCUGGUGAUACUGGUACAUACAAAUGCCAGGCUCUCAAAGGCGAUUUGUCAAGCCCCUUGUCAGAAGCUUUAACUCUCACAGUUAACGUGGCUCCGGACAAACCGUUAAUCGAUGACACUGACGGUAUCAUCGACACUUCCAGUAACACAGCAACAGUUAGCCUAGGAAGAAAGUUUUCUUUCUCCUGUAAAAAGGCACAAAGUGGGGAGACUCCAGACGGCUGGGAAUGGUACAAAGAUGGCAUUAAGUUUACUGCUGGGGUCUCAGGCGCUGUGUUCAGCACGGCAGCCGCUUCAGAUGAAAAUGGGUCUUAUCAGUGCAAGGCCAUGAAAAAUGGUUUAGGCAGUACCUUUUCUAGCGCUGUUACGUUAAAAGUCCAAUGUAAAAUCGAUAUUUACGGUCGACAAUACGACAGACUAAAAGACAAAAAGCUUGCAGGCAGCAGUGUUACAAGGAUUUACCUUAACUCCCGGAGUGUACUUCACUGUGUCACAUCGUGUUUGAUUCUACAUCAAUGUGACUGCACGGCUGUGGAAUACAAUGUCAGCAACAAAGCCUGCACAAUGGUCAAAGCUGCAGCCUACUCGGCGAUACAGUCUCAAACGAAAGCGCCAGGAGUCGAUCUCCUUAUACUGAAAUGAAUAUAUUAGAUGAAAAGCGACUAUUUGGCAACGAAUGUGAUCGAGUAAUUUUAGUAACUUACCUUUUUAACUAUACGUGACUAUUUGUUGACUUGU